UACUACUUUGCUUUGGUCCCAAAUCUUCCCUCCUUUUCCACUUAAAAUCCCAUACACACUUCUUUGCCUCACUUCUCUAACCCCAUCCCAUCAUCAUGACACCUAAAAGCUUUUCCUAAUUUAAAGAAAUAUUGUUUUUAUUAGCAUUGCUUUUCUGGGUAAUCAAAACUUGAUUCUUUACUUAGUACUUGUAGCACCAGUAUUCAAUGCUCUUCACUCCCUUAUGGUUUCUUGAUUUAUUGCACUGCAAUUGGCUCCACCAGCCUGUUUCUGUGAUCUCAUUUCCUCUCCUCUGGGUUUCUGAAUCUGCUAUAAAUUCCAUUCAAUGAUGUUUGUGUCAAUGUCUGAGUGAAGUAUUCUCCCUUUUAUGUGUAGCUUGGAUCACUAUACUGCCUCUUUUAUGUCCAAGGCUCCCCCCAAACACCUCUUUUAUGUUCAUGGAGGUCACCACCAAUAAGAUGGAAGAUUAUGAAGUGUUGGAGCAGAUUGGUAGGGGUGCUUUUGGAGCUGCAUUUCUUGUUCAUCACAAGCCUGAGAAAAAGAAGUAUGUGUUGAAGAAAAUUCGUGUCUCGAAACAGACAGAGAAGUUCAAGAUCACAGCACACCAGGAGAUGAAUUUGAUAGCAAAGCUGGAUAACCCUUAUAUUGUGGAAUACAAGGAUGGGUGGGUGGAAAAGGAAUCCUUUGUGUGCAUUGUGACAAGUUACUGUGAAGGGGGUGACAUGGCUGAGAUGAUUAGGAAAGCAAGAGGAAUGUUUUUCUCAGAAGAGAGACUUUGCAAAUGGCUGGCUCAGUUGUUGCUAGCCCUCGACUACCUUCACUCGAAUCGCGUUCUUCACCGGGAUCUUAAGUGUUCCAACAUUUUUCUCACCAAAGAUGAUGAAAUCAGACUAGGUGAUUUUGGACUGGCAAAGUUGCUCAACCAGGAUGAUCUUGCAUCUUCUAUUGUGGGAACUCCAAAUUACAUGUGCCCGGAGCUUCUAGCCGAUAUACCGUAUGGCUACAAAUCAGAUAUAUGGUCUCUAGGCUGUUGUAUGUUUGAGAUUGCUGCUCAUCAGCCAGCGUUUCGAGCCCCGGAUAUGGUUGGACUAAUCAACAAGAUUAACAGAUCCACCAUUUCUCCACUCCCCACUGUAUACUCCUCAGCACUGAAGCGUUUGAUCAAAAGCAUGCUAAGGAAGAGCCCGGAACACAGACCCACGGCUGCAGAGCUCUUAAGGCAUCCACAUUUGCAGCCAUAUCUGGCGCAGUGUCGCAAUCUGCCUCCUGCGUUUGUUCCAUUAAACCCCGAGAGCUCAAAGGCGAAAUUGCAGCCUCUCAAACCUAACACCCACAAAACUGUGAAGGAAAGACAGGUAAAAGUUCCCAUUGUCACUGCUAAUAAGAAAGUUGGUGAGCUGAAAAGGAUUGCAGAAAGAAGAAGCUGUUCCCCGAAUCCCAGGAUCCAACGUUUUAACCCCGAACAUAAGAAGGAAGAUCAGACUUGCUCAGAUAAACAAAUCUCGAAGAAAACGGAUGAAAACUCAAGAAUUGACAGUAAAGCAGCUGGGAAAAAUGGAAGCAUGAAUUCCAGAAGCUCAACAAGAAGUACAGUGACUGAUCAUCAACCUGAAGCAGACACAGAACUAGAAGAGAACUCCAAGAAAAUGGAAAAGCUUAAACCCGGGAUUCCAACUCCAAAAAAACCUGCAGGGAUCCCAAUUCCAGGGGGAGAAACCCCAGAAAAACAAGAGGAUCAUCAUCAUAAAAGGACAGUAAGCGACAUUUCAGUAACGAGUACUCUGAAUUUUCUUCAGGGAAAUAACAUCAGAAUAAAAUGGAGUAACUUGAGCAAUGAAAGAGCAGAAGCUUUGGAAUCACUGCUUGAGCUCUGUGCAGACCUUCUUAAGCGCGAAAAGCUUGAAGAACUUGCAGGGGUGUUGAAACCAUUCGGGGACGAUGCUGUUUCGUCCAGAGAAACAGCCAUUUGGUUGACAAAGGGACUAAUGAAUCUUCAGAAAGAUGGUGAGGGGAAAGAUUAAAAGGCUUUGUUAAGAUUUGUGCACUUCUGUGUAUACUAUGAGCACUGCUUGUGCUAGUUAGUAACUUAUUUGAAUGCUUGUAAAUAACAUUGCCUGCAUAUUCAGUGUUUUAAACACCCACUGCUAUGUUGGCAAAAAAAAAAAAAAAAAAGAUUUGACUCAAGACUCUAAUAUUUGUAGUCCAAAUUUGAGUAUGUUCAUCAUACAAA